AUGAACAAAAAAACAUCCAAAAUCUCAGAGUUCAUCACAGAAAACCAGCUGGACGUCCUUUUCACAACCGAGACGUGGUUAAAGUGGGACACGGCAGAAAGGGUCCUCAGGGAGGCUUCGCCCCCAAACUUCAGAUUCUUCCAUUAUGUGAGUGAACUCAUCGGGCAUAGAGGGGUAGCUAUCCAGGUCUCUCCAGUGUUGCAUAGUGAACAAAUUCAGUUAGACAACAACAUGGAGACCUUUGAAUGUGUGGCGACAGCUCUGCAACAUAACGAGUGGGAAGAACCCGUCCUGAGCAUCAACCUCUAUCGCCCGCCAAAGAAAACCCUGAUCACCAUCAGCAAAUUCCUGAAAGAGUUUCAGAAACUCUUGGAUCAGGUUUCCAAAAACUACAACAACAUCAUUGUGACCGGAGAUUUCAAUAUCUGGGUUGAUUGUGAUAAGAUAACCUAUGUUAAGAAGUUUCUAGAGUUUCUAAGGGUCAACGGCUUCGGCAUGCACCCAAAUAAGCCGACCUUCCGCACCUCCACUCACUUUCUGGAUCUGGUUCUCUUCAGAAAUGUUGAAGUCUCUGAUGUUGAAGUCCGGGAAGACAACAUAUCAGAUCAUAAACCUGACUCGUGUUUCCGUAAGGACUCGUGUUUCCAUCUGGACUCGUGUUUCCGUAAGGACUCGUGUUUCCGUCUGGACUCGUGUUUCCGUCUGGACUCGUGUUUCCGUAAGGACUCGUGUUUCCGUAAGGACUCGUGUUUCCGUCUGGACUCGUGUUUCCAUCUGGACUCGUGUUUCCGUCUGGACUCGUGUUUCCGUCAGGACUCGUGUUUCCGUCAGGACUCGUGUUUCCGUCAGGACUCGUGUUUCCGUAAGGACUCGUGUUUCCGUAAGGACUCGUGUUUCCGUCUGGACUCGUGUUUCCGUCUGGACUCGUGUUUCCGUCUGGACUCGUGUUUCCGUCUGGACUCGUGUUUCCGUCUGGACUCGUGUUUCCGUAUGGACUCGUGUUUCCGUCUGGACUCGUGUUUCCGUAAGGACUCGUGUUUCCGUCUGGACUCGUGUUUCCGUAUGGACUCGUGUUUCCGUCUGGACUCGUGUUUCCGUCUGGACUCGUGUUUCCGUAAGGACUCGUGUUUCCGUCAGGACUCGUGUUUCCAUCUGGACUCGUGUUUCCAUCUGGACUCGUGUUUCCAUCUGGACUCGUGUUUCCGUCUGGACUCGUGUUUCCAUCUGGACUCGUGUUUCCAUCUGGACUCGUGUUUCCAUCAGGACUCGUGUUUCCGUCUGGACUCGUGUUUCCAUCAGGACUCGUGUUUCCGUCUGGACUCGUGUUUCCAUCUGGACUCGUGUUUCCAUCAGGACUCGUGUUUCCGUCUGGACUCGUGUUUCCAUCUGGACUCGUGUUUCCGUAAGGACUCAUGUUUCCGUAAGGACUCGUGUUUCCGUAAGGACUCGUGUUUCCGUCUGGACUCGUGUUUCCAUCUGGACUCGUGUUUCCGUCUGGACUCGUGUUUCCAUCUGGACUCGUGUUUCCAUCAGGACUCGUGUUUCCAUCUGGACUCGUGUUUCCAUCUGGACUCGUGUUUCCGUAAGGACUCGUGUUUCCGUCUGGACUCGUGUUUCCGUAAGGACUCGUGUUUCCGUAAGGACUCGUGUUUCCGUCUGGACUCGUGUUUCCGUAAGGACUCGUGUUUCCGUCUGGACUCGUGUUUCCGUCUGGACUCGUGUUUCCGUAAGGACUCGUGUUUCCGUAAGGACUCGUGUUUCCGUCUGGACUCGUGUUUCCGUCAGGACUCGUGUUUCCGUCAGGACUCGUGUUUCCGUCAGGACUCGUGUUUCCGUCUGGACUCGUGUUUCCGUAUGGACUCGUGUUUCCGUAAGGACUCAUGUUUCCGUAAGGACUCGUGUUUCCGUAAGGACUCGUGUUUCCGUCUGGACUCGUGUUUCCAUCUGGACUCGUGUUUCCGUCUGGACUCGUGUUUCCAUCUGGACUCGUGUUUCCAUCAGGACUCGUGUUUCCGUCUGGACUCGUGUUUCCAUCAGGACUCGUGUUUCCGUCUGGACUCGUGUUUCCAUCUGGACUCGUGUUUCCAUCAGGACUCGUGUUUCCGUCUGGACUCGUGUUUCCAUCUGGACUCGUGUUUCCAUCAGGACUCAUGUUUCCGUAAGGACUCGUGUUUCCGUAAGGACUCGUGUUUCCGUCUGGACUCGUGUUUCCAUCUGGACUCGUGUUUCCGUCUGGACUCGUGUUUCCAUCUGGACUCGUGUUUCCAUCAGGACUCGUGUUUCCAUCUGGACUCGUGUUUCCAUCUGGACUCGUGUUUCCGUAAGGACUCGUGUUUCCGUCUGGACUCGUGUUUCCGUAAGGACUCGUGUUUCCGUAAGGACUCGUGUUUCCGUCUGGACUCGUGUUUCCGUAAGGACUCGUGUUUCCGUCUGGACUCGUGUUUCCGUCUGGACUCGUGUUUCCGUAAGGACUCGUGUUUCCGUAAGGACUCGUGUUUCCGUCUGGACUCGUGUUUCCGUCAGGACUCGUGUUUCCGUCAGGACUCGUGUUUCCGUCAGGACUCGUGUUUCCGUAAGGACUCGUGUUUCCGUAAGGACUCGUGUUUCCGUCUGGACUCGUGUUUCCGUCUGGACUCGUGUUUCCGUCUGGACUCGUGUUUCCGUCUGGACUCGUGUUUCCGUCUGGACUCGUGUUUCCAUCUGGACUCGUGUUUCCAUCUGGACUCGUGUUUCCGUAAGGACUCGUGUUUCCGUCUGGACUCGUGUUUCCAUCUGGACUCGUGUUUCCGUCUGGACUCGUGUUUCCGUCUGGACUCGUGUUUCCAUCUGGACUCGUGUUUCCGUCUGGACUCGUGUUUCCAUCUGGACUCGUGUUUCCAUCUGGACUCGUGUUUCCAUCUGGACUCGUGUUUCCGUAAGGACUCGUGUUUCCGUCUGGACUCGUGUUUCCGUAUGGACUCGUGUUUCCGUCUGGACUCGUGUUUCCGUCUGGACUCGUGUUUCCGUCUGGACUCGUGUUUCCAUCUGGACUCGUGUUUCCAUCUGGACUCGUGUUUCCGUCUGGACUCGUGUUUCCGUAAGGACUCGUGUUUCCGUCUGGACUCGCU